AGAAGAGUUCGGAGUUCUUUCCAGAAUGAUACUGUAAUCACCGCAGAGGCAAAAGGACGGGCGGCGAAAAGAAAAAAAAAAAGAGAGAGAGGGGAUCAAGCUCCUUGUUGUGCAACUUGAAGGUCCUACAAGUCAGCUACAAAGGUAACCGGACCCCCACCGCCACCCCCUCUUUCCUUUUCGGCUCAUUGAGAAGGAGCAAAGGGGGAUUAUUGUAAGCCUGCCAGCCUUGAAAAAAGCUAAAAGCUACUGUAUGUCUGUACACAGAGGGGUCUUUUUGAGCCCGGCAUAUAAUUAGCCCAAAACACAAAGGAAGCAGCUGAAUGGAGCUUGUCACUCUCUGGAAAAGGGUGGGUAAGACACUUUUUUAAUUAAAUUCUUUCAUGAAGAAAGAUACCCCCCCUCCACCGACCACCACCCUCUCUUCUGCAGCAUUUAUCAUGAACAAAACCCAAUCACCUUCCAAUUUGCAUCACCUUUAAUGCUGCCAAGAUUCCUGCAUGCUGAAAAAAAAAGAGUCCCUCUGUUGACCUAUGACAUGUCUUUUACUGAAAUAUGAUGUAGAAGCCGUAGACAUUUUCAAUGGACAUUCUCGGGAAAAACUGGAACCCUGUUUGCUAAUGGAUUUCCUUCUCAUUGGUCUCUGUUUAAACUGGAUGCUGAGAAAGCCCCCUGGGUUAAUACUGUGUGUGAUGGGCAUAUUUGUUAAAAUGCUUCCACUGGUGAGCAGUGGCUGUCCCAGAGUGUGCCGUUGCGAGGGCAGGUUCCUGUACUGCGAGUCACAAAAUGUCACGGAGCUGCCUCGCAACCUAUCGGGCGUGAUGGGCUUGUCGCUGCGGUACAACAGCUUGACGGAGCUGCAAGAUGGACAGUUCACUGGGUUAAUUCAACUCACGUGGCUCUAUAUGGAUCACAAUCACAUAGACACAAUAGAGGGGGAUGCCUUUCAAAAGCUGCGUAGGGUCAAAGAACUCACACUUAGUUCCAACAGAAUCAUGCAUCUAGCGAACCAUACUUUCCGACCCAUGCCAAACUUGCGCAGUGUGGAUUUGUCAAACAAUAACAUACAGUCCCUGGCGCCGGAUCUGUUCCACGGGCUACGCAAGCUGACGAGUUUACAGAUGCGCCACAACGCCAUCAAGUUUGUGCCAGUGAGAAUCUUUCAGGACUGUCGCAGCCUCGAGUUUCUCGACUUGGGAUACAAUGAGUUGAAGAGCCUGGCCCGUAACUCUUUUGCUGGCUUGUUCAAACUUGCAGAACUUCACCUGGAGCACAAUGACUUGGUGAAAGUAAAUUUAGCUCACUUUCCAAGGCUCCUCUCGCUACAUUCUCUCUUUAUGAGAAAGAACAAAGUGACCAUAGUGGUUAACUCUUUGGACUGGGUGUGGAAGCUCACCAAAAUGGAUCUCUCUGGGAACGAAAUUGAAUACAUCGAACCUCACGUUUUCGAAAGUGUACCUCACCUGGAAUCCCUACAGCUCGAUUCCAACCGCCUCACCUACAUCGAUUCCAGAAUCCUGAAUUCUUGGAAAUCUCUCACCAGUAUCACCCUGUCCGGGAACAACUGGGACUGUGGGCGUAACGUCUGCGCCUUGGCCUCUUGGUUGAGCAACUUCAAAGGUCGCUAUGAUGGCAACAUGCUUUGCACCACCCCUGAGUAUGCCCAAGGAGAGGAUGUUUUGGAUGCUGUCUAUGCCUUUCAUUUAUGUGAGGACCCUACUGAUCCAACUAGCCCCAACGCCAUCAUCACAUCCUUUAACCACAGUGACAAAAACGCCCAUAACAACCCCACCAUGACUACUGCCACCUACGAUGUACAGGAUACCGAAGGGGAAAAAACUACGGACAUCUUGAUGGUUACCCUACCCAGCGAGCUCACAGACAACACCAUUCAGAUUCACAAGGUGGUCACUGGGACUAUGGCACUGAUUUUUUCCUUUCUUAUUGUGGUUUUGAUGUUGUAUGUUAGCUGGAAGUGUUUCCCAGCCAGCCUCCGGCAGUUGAGGCAGUGCUUUGUGACACAGCGUAGGAAGCAAAAACAAAAACAGACUAUGCAUCAGAUGGCUACUAUGUCUGCCCAGGAAUACUAUGUUGAUUACAAACCCAAUCACAUCGAAGGAGCCCUGGUAAUUAUUAAUGAAUAUGGUUCCUGUUCUUGUCACCAGCAACCUGCCAGGGAAUGUGAGGUGUGAUUAACGCCUUUUACAAAA